UUCCACCCAUCCACACGCACCCCCCGUAUCAACCGGCCCCAAAAAAUCCGUUUCCCCCCGACCCAUUAGCAGGCGUAGCCGCUCCCCUCCCCCGCUUGGGCCGGUGAGAAGUCGCCAUCGCCGCGAAUUCCUCCUAGCCAAGACGCUCCUGCCCCGCCGGUCCUCGCUGCCUGUCCCUCGGCCCGGAGCGCCUCCGUCAGACAAAGGCCCAAGCCGCCCCUGUCGGAGCUCGUCGCCGGCCACCGACCAAAUUCCCGCCGGAGUUCUUCGUCUCGGUGCCCGCUGUUUGUUACCCUGUUAAUCUGAUGGAGCUAUAAGUGUGGAUUUUGUUCUGCGCACCUGAAGCUACAGAAUUGGAAUGUUUAGCACCUUCAAGCUGUUGAUAUUCAGGCUAUAUUGGUAUAUAUACUGAUGACUGGAUUCUAUUUUUUUAAGCAUGUCAUCUCACAUGGCAGGGGCGGAGCUCAAGCUUGCCAUCGGGGUCCGUCGACCCCGACGAGUUCGGAAGAUUUUAAUAGAAAACACUGUAUAUUGGUGUUAAUAGUGUUGAUGACCACGUCCCCGUUUAUGCUAGAACCCGGUGGUUCCACGGUCUGGCUUCGCCCCUGUCACAUGGUCUUCCGAUAACUUAAAUGCAGUACAUAUUAUCAGUGAUUAUAUUAGGUGCAAAUUUGGUCCACAGAGUUUUUGUUCCCUGCUUGGAUUUUAUAGUGCUUAAUUCUUUGGUAGUGCUGCUGUAAAUUGCCAAGUCUUUUUACUCUCACGAAAAUAAAUUAGGCUGAUAAUUUAUUUGUAGUACUAUGACGACAACAGAUAAUUUGUAGGUUUUUGCGCCCCCAAUGUGCAAGAUUUACUAUAUUAAAGGCCAAUCUUGCCUGCAAACAUGACUGGCCUGUCAUUUUCAUGAUUGUAUUAUAGUGGUGUACAUGUUGCAGUUUUUGUUUUGUAAAGAACCUAACCUGCUUGGGUUACAUGCUCCCCAACGCCGUCCAGCCAUCCCAAUGUGCUGCCCCACCAAGCGAGUAAAUCGGUCCUGCUUCUCUCCUGUAGCGAGUAAAUCGUGGGUGCUUCUUCAGUUGAAUUCAACUGUAAGAUCAUAAGUGGAUUCUGUGAUCUAUUAGAGCCAGACCAUGCGAUUCGAAUAUAGACGAUCAGACAUUCCGUUAGCCAUUAGUUACUGCUGUAAGAUUUUAAGAUGUAUGUCUCUGGAGAAAGAAGAGUACUUGUGUGUUUCUAUGUCUCACUAUCAAGUUAGUUAUAUUGUGUUGAUUGUGUGUUCAACUGUUCAUUGGUUCAUUUCAUUGGAAAAUAAGGGGUCUUUAAUGUGCAUUUUCAUCCAACAUCAAUUAUCCGACAACAAUCGAUAGAACUGUAAAUUGAUGUCUUAUGCAACACUGCUCUAAAGGGAGGAUCACUUCAGCAAUUAUUUCUGUACCACAGGUAGAGAGACAAGAAUUAAAAGGGAAGAUCACUUUAAAAGUUAUUUCUGUACCACAAAAUAGAGACAAGAAUUUAAAGGGGAGAUUCAUCCAGUUAGAGAAAUAGGAAUUAUAAGUGGAGACCUUUGCAAGAAGGUACAUGAAGCAUUACAGAUCAGGUGUAGUUUCUUCACCUGUUGAUGUGUAACAUCAACUUGUCAGUUUCAUUCUCGUCCAGUGCUGCGUAGAUUCAAAGAGUCAAGCACUUCCUGGAUAGCAAUGGUGUUUGAAAGAAAACUUAAAAUAGGGUAACAAAAAAUAUGUAGAAUAUAUGAUAUGAUCAUCUUUUAUUUGUCAGGGUCCCAUAUUUUUUGAUACACAGAUCUACAACACCAAUUUUUCAUUGUUUUAGAGUGGAUUUCCAUUUGAAAAAUUGUAGUUAUUAUAUUUGUUAAAGUCAAGUUGCAUCAAGUUCUUGAGCAGAAUGUGAAAAUAUUUUGCUGUAUGGUCAUAUCGUACUUUUCAAGAUAUGAUUACAUGAUCUACUUUUUAGAUCUCAAUUAGCCUUACAAUAGCAUAUUGUCCAUACACUAUAUUGCAAUGAAAACUUUUGUUGCCCGUAGCAACACAUGUGCAUAUACCUAGUUAAAAUGAAACUAGAAGCCUACGGGCUCAUCUCUAGCCCUGUCCCUCCAAAUUUUGCAGGCUCUCUCAACCUUCCACCGCGCAGAUCCAGGCAUCCCCAUCUCCCUUGCUUACAAUUCCUUGCCGUCGGGCGUGCAAACUGCAGAGGGGAUUCAUCUGGACCUUUGUCGACUUCCGUCUUCACCGGUGCGGAGGCUCUAGAUGCCGAGAAAUCUGGGCAAAUUAAGUGAAGGGGUCCUUUGCUGGCUGAGGAAUAAGUAGUUCUUUCAAUCACUAGGUGUGAUUAGGCCUUCAGCCAUGCAGAGAUCCAGUGCAUCGGCCUUUCCUACUAUUAUCUUUGAGGAAGCUCUUUGGAGAGAAAUGGAGUAUCGUAAGAGAUUGGAGAGGACUCACCCUCAUCUGCUGGUUGCCCUCAAUGGAGCCCCUGAGUGGCAGAAAGAGGUUGGUACAGAUUCAAUAUCUGAUGAUUUUAGGAGAAAGUUAGCCCCAGAUAGCACUGUACCUCAACAGCAGUCUAGUUUUAGUUGCUCUGCUGUACAGAGACAGACAGCUUGGUACCCCAUCAAGAAAAAAGUGAAAGUUCCACAUCUUCCUUCCCAGAUUUUGCAAUGCCCCAGACCAAACGUGGUACCUUCUUUUUGGUGCAAAAUUUGCAAGGUUGAUUGUGUUACUGAAUUCAAUUUCGGUGCCCACAUUGGAGGGAAAAAACAUAAGGCUAAAAAGCUGGAGAUUCUUGGAAAUCGGAACACUGGAAGACCUGGCCGUCAAUGUUCAGGUAUCAGGAACCCUGUACAAAAUAGCCAUGCAGUCUCUGGAAGCAGAAACAGUGAAUCAAAUGUGUCUAGUAGCAUUGUUUCUGCAAGCUGUGAUCUGUCCUCUGGAAGCAGGACUAAUGGAAUAGAAGAAACCGGAUGCACUGCCCCACCAACGAGCAGCAUGGAUUUCACUGAAGUCUGAUGUCUACAAUAUGCUCCUUGUACAUUUUCCUCUGAAAUGUAGAGUAAUGUGUUUAGUUCUCAAACAGUCAGUGCACUAUGGAAAUUUCAUCUGAUGGUGGUGUACCAUAUAUAUAAGUUGAAAAAGCUAUCUAUCUGCAAGAUUGAUGCUA